GGGCUGCUUGCCCCUUUCUCUUUUCUUCUAAAUUCACCAGAUUCCCGUUUUUUUCUUUCUAAGGCAAAUCUCUGAUCCGGACACAGGCAAGAAUUUAAAAAGUAGCGAAGAUCCUGAUCAUCAGUCAAUGCUGGACUGAGGAUAGUGUGGUGGGGGAUUUGAUGGGCCAGCCUGAGCCAUGGCUCAUGGGAGGAAGUCAGAGAAGAUCACCAGAAUCCUGGGGCCCAGCCCUCCAUCCUGUCCUGGCCAUGCUGGAUUCAUAGAGAAAAAGCCAGGGACUAUUAGGAGAAUAUUGGCCACCAGUCCUCCACCCUGCCCUGGACCCACAGGAUCCACAGAAGAGUCUAAUGAAGGACCUCAUAAUGAAGGACCUCAGAAAGAAAGACCACAGAGGUUGAGAAGUAAGGGCCCUCCGCCCUGCCUUGGCCCCUUAUCCACAGGGGAGCCUACUGAUGAAGGACUGAUGAGCCUACUGAUGAGUCUGAGCAGCAAAGGCCCAACUGAAGAACCUCAUAAUGGGCCUCAGAGUCUGAAGAGUGAGGACCAUCCUCAGCACUCUCAGAGCACCAGCAUUGAGGAGCUGGACAAUAACAAUGACGAGAGGACCCCUGGGCCUGCAGCACCUGUCCCUGUCCCUGCUAGUGCAACACAGGCCCACCCUAACCAAGCCUACAGCCACCUGACUCAGGCCCAGAACUACCCUCGGCAGCCAGAUGCCCAGGCCCAUCCCCGACAUCCCCAGCAGCAUUGCAGAGAGAGUCCAAACAGCCCCAGCACCAGGCCCACCUCUGACUCCCCAUCCAGUCAGGAGAGCAAGCCCAGGACUGUUGAACCACCACCUGUCCUUACCAGUGCCAAUCCUACCCAGCCGUAUCUGAUUAGUCCCUCCGGUUCACCUCUUCCUGUCCCUGCUACAGCUAGUGUCUCCUCUGAGCCCCCGCUGAACCAGCCCGGUGACACCAUCAUCCCUGACAGCAUGGAUGAGGAGGAAGAGGAGGAGGAGGACAGCUGCUCAGAGUAUGACAACGUGGGUUCGGACGUGGAGGGUGUGGAGCAAGACAUUGAUCAGGUACUACAGGUGGAAGACCAGAGUAUGCAGGUGAGGUACUACAAACACUAUCCUGAGCCUCAGGAUGGAAGUUAUGUAGAUAGUGAGGAUGGCAUCUAUGUGGAACACCAAGACAGAACCUACGAGGAACACCAAGACAGAAACUACGCGGAACACCAAGACAGAACCUACGAGGAACACCAAGACAGAAACUACGCGGAACACCAAGACAGAACCUACGAGGAACACCAAGACAGAACCUACGUGGAACACCAAGACAGAACCUACGUGGAACACCAAGACAGAAACUACGUGGAACACCAAGACAGAACCUACACGGAACACCAAGACAGAACCUACGCGGAACACCAAGACAGAACCUACGCAGAACACCAAGACAGAACCUACGUGGAACACCAAGACAGAACCUACGUGGAACACCAAGACAGAACCUACGCGGAACACCAAGACAGAACCUACACGGAACACCAAGACAGGACCUACACGGAACACCAAGACAGAACCUACGUGGAAUGUGAAGACAGAACUUACAAAGAAGAUGAAGACGGAACCUACGUGGAAUGUGAGGAUGGUACCUAUUGCCCCAAGGAUGACUCCAAUGUAGAAGGUCAGGAUGGUACCUAUGUGGAGGGUAGAGUGGAGGGGAACAGCCUGGAGGGGGAUGGGAGCAGCACUGGACAAUGCAAACACACCAGGUUACUGUACGGACCUGAGUCUGAGGAAAUGCUUAUGUAUAAUGAAAGACUAGAGACAGAUACAAAUCCCUGUAUCUCAUCUGAGCAUCAGUUCAGUGACAAUCCAUGUCAUGCCCCCAAGGCUGGAGACGAGGAGGAGAAAGGGAAUGUGGAGGUGCAGGAGGGGCAGGAGGAGGGGCAGAAGGGGCAGGAGGAGGGGCAGAAUGGGCAGGAGCAAGUGGAGGGGCAGAAGGGGGAGGAGGAGUCCCCACAAAGGGCUCCCUAUAAGGGAAGUGGAGGGGGAAGGGAUUGGACAUGUGAAGCCCCUCAAAGGGCCCAUAAGGAGGUGAAGAGGCAGGGGAAGGGAGGAGGACGGGGAGGAAGGAGUGAGAGGGGAGGUGUAAAGAGUGGGAGGGAAGGAGGAAGGGCCGCGAGGGAGACUGACAGGCAGGAAUACACUGGUCACAUAGUGUCUGAGAUGAAGGUAUACAUGAGUAGCAGCAGCAGCUCAGAGACACAGGACUGCAGAGAGGCUGCCGUCAGGCCCAGACCACCAAGGCCCAGGCCCAGGCCUAGAUCCGGGCCCAGCCCCAGCACCCCACACCCUCACCAGACACAGUCCCACACUCAGCAGGCCAAGGCCCGCCCGAAACAAGCCUACCAGACCCACACCUACCUGACAGAGGUCCAUACCCUCCCAAAACAGGCCUACCAGACCCACACCUACCUGACAGAGGUCGAUCUCCUCCCGAAACAGGUCCAGAACCACCAGCUACAGGCCCAGAGCGACGUCCGACAACACCAGCAGACACAGAACUGUAGAGAAAGUGCUAUCAGGUCUACACACAGAUCUAGCCCCAACACACCACACCCUCAACCCCCCCAGACCCCGGCCCAAAUGCAGCACAUCCAGGCCCACCAAAUCCAGGCCCAGUAUAGACAGGCCCCGCCGACACAGGCCCAGAUGCUUAAGAGACAAGCACCCACCCACCCGACACAUGCCCAGACCAACAAGAGACAAGCACCCACCCACCCAACACAGGCCCAGACCAAGCAGCAACACAAAGAGAGUCCCGUCAGUCCCAGCCACAGCCCUAGGCCCAUCUCUGACAGCGCUAGACCCAUCUCUGACAGCGCUAGGCCCAUCUCUGACAGCCCUAGGCCCACCUCUGACAGCCCUAGGCCCAUCUCUGACAGCCCUAGGCCCACCUCUGACAGCCCUAGGCCCACCUCUGACAGCCCUAGGCCCACCUCUGACAGCCCUAGGCCCACCUCUGACAGCCCUAGACCCACCUCUGACAGCCCUAGGCCCACCUCUGACAGUCCUAGACCCACCUCUGACAGCCCUAGGCCCACCUCUGACAGCCCUAGGCCCACCUCUGACAGCCCUAGGCCCACCUCUGACAGCCCUAGGCCCACCUCUGACAGCCCUAGGCCCACCUCUGACAGUCCUAGACCCAUCUCUGACAGUCCUAGGCCCACCUCUGACAGCCCUAGGCCCACCUCUGACAGCCCUAGACCCACCUCUGACAGCCCUGGGUCCACCUCUGACAGCCCUAGGCCUGCCCCACCUCCCAGCCACAAUGCCCAGACACAGGAACACAUUUCCAACACCCGACAGACCGAGCAGCAUUGCAGAGAGACCACCACCAGUUGGAGCGCCAAGCCUCCGUCUCCUCUCCUCCAGGAGAGCCACCAGACCCAGACCUAUCACCCUCGCAGAGACAGCACCACCAGCCCCAGCCCAAGGCCCACUUCUGACUCCUCAUCCAGCCUGGACAAACAUCCCAGGGCUCCUGAACCAACACAGAACAACGCCUCGUUCCCCAGCUUCGUGGAGGUCCCAGGUCCGUGUGUAUUCGAGGACCUGAUUGAUGGCAUCAUCUUUGCUGCUAACUGA